AUGUCUGCCAAGUGGUCGUUCAGGUUGCAACUGGUGCCUGGAAGGUCGCUUCUCCCGAAAUGGGUGCUCACCCCUAAGAGUAAAGAGAAGUUGGUAUCGCAUCGUCAUGGCAUACCAUCAGCGACUGAUUAUGCCAUCAUAACGCAAACGACGCCCGGAAUAUGGGGUUUAUUUGCGCAAGAGGAUCUCUUGCGGUGCGAGCCUUCAGAGACGUUCGCGUGCAGAUGGAAUCUCGUUACAAAGAAACAGGGAAAGGGAUGUUAUCGGUCGAGCAACUCUAGCGCGUUCUGUUGCUAUGAGGUGCACCGUGUCCAAGGACAGCCCGUCAACAACCUUGUCAGUCAUGGUCUUCUCCCGACCCUGCUCAAUAACAGCAUCAAACGUUAUUGGAGCGUACUCACACUCGUUUCAUCAGACCCAUUACAAUUCACGGGGAUGCGUAGUGGGGUCGAAGCGUGA